AUGCCCACUGCCGUUCUGCUUGACGCAAUAGCGCCGCCUACUAUAAAGAGCGGCGUCGUGCCUGUCGUCUUUUGUCGUCUUCUCUCGACUCAGUACACCAUGUCCCAGCCGAUGCUCGCCGAUUAUCGACCUUAA